AUGUUCAAAAAACAAUAAUUGUUAAAUUCAACUUUUAAAUCAAACACUAAUGAAAUAGACUAUGACUAUUCUAAAUCAUAAAAACAAUCAAAUGAAAAUUAAUUUGACAUUUCUUAAAGUACAUAAGUUUAUAUUUAAUAUAGAAUUAUUGUAUGCAUUAGAAAAACCAACUAUCAAUACAAAAAAUACUAAUAGCUGUAGAAAUAGUACAGGAAGAUUGUCAGCUUUUGAUUUUUUGAAUUUAAGUAUAACAAAAGCCAAUAAAAAGUAAACUUUCUCGAUAACAUUAAAUUAUUUUAAAAAUGAUAAAAGCAAUUUUGGAAUAAUUAGAUAGUCUACAAAUCUUUAUGGAUUCUCUAAGGUGUCAUCAAAAGUGAGAUGA